AUGAGGUACGAAAAGAGAAUCGAACCUCGUGUAAAAGCUCUCAUUAUCCUACUAGCAGUCGUCUGUUUUCCAAUCACCUUAUUUUGCAUCUACAGACAAAGAGGACAAGGUGAUUUCGAUCGACUUCGGAAAGCACAAAGAAAAGAAAUGGCCAAAGCUCGUAAAAGGAAGAUCAGAGAUCAACCCAAGCCGUUGGAAGAAAGGAGAAAGCGAGAAUUAUCUCUUGAGCCCACCGAACGAAGGAGGGAUUUGACGAAUGUUUUUUCGACCUGGAAGAGAAAUAGAAAGACACCGGCAAGCCUCCUUCAACUGCCACCCCAGAUUGUGGAGAAAAUUCUGCAGGAAGUUCUAGGUGGGAACAUAUUCCAUCUACUCCUAUGUCGUCGAAGACUAGGGCAUGUUCGCUGUAAGGAGCCUCAUGAUAUCGAACAUGCAGCCAGUUCUCAAUACGACAUUGAGCGCUCUUGCAUUCCAAGUGCCCAAAGACGAAAGUACUUGGAAUAUGAAUGGAUGCGCCACCAUACUCAAAGGCCCUCCCCAUUCUAUACACGUUCUGAUUCUUGCCUCGCUGUUCUUCUCACGUGUCGCCAGGUAUACAACCAAGGAAUUCCCAUUUUGUAUUCUUGCAACACGUUUGAUAUCAACAAUCCCGAGACAUUACUUUACCUUUCACAGACCGUUAUUCCUUCAAGAUUCAAAUCGAUAAAAUCUCUACAAAUAGAUGUUAAUGCAUCCAUGGGUUCAAGUACCGAGACGGGGCUAGCUGACCCAACAGUAGAGUUUUCAGAAUGGAAAAUGUGUUUAGAGAUAUUGGAACGGUUGGACGGGUUGCAGAACUUGAGGUUGAGGGUGGAGUUCGAACUACAGGAAUAUUACCCUGAUGUCAUUUACAGCGAUGAGCUGAUUCAGAAGUCUCUGCAAGAUUUACUGGAUGUCAUCAAGCUUAGUUCUUUGAGAGGACUGAGAAGAUUCGAUCUCGAGACUAAUAGCCGGGAUAUCCAAGGUGUUGAACAGGCGGUUGAGAGUGUACGUGGUAUUGUUUGUACUUAA